CCCAUGGGGGUCUUCCCCCCACCCCUGCAGCAGGUGUUCCAUGCCCCGCGUCGGCCAGGAAUGGGCACCGUGGGCAAGCCAAUCAAGCUGCUGGCCAACUACUUCGAGGUGGAGAUCCCCAAGAUGGACGUCUACCACUACGAGGUGGACAUCAAGCCGGACAAGUGCCCGCGGCGAGUCAACAGGGAGGUGGUGGAGUACAUGGUUCAGCACUUCAAGCCACAGCUCUUUGGCGACCGCAAACCCGUGUAUGAUGGCAAGAAGAACAUCUACACGGUGUUGGCGCUUCCCAUUGGUAGUGAGAAGGUGGAUUUCGAGGUCACUAUCCCGGGCGAAGGCAAGGACCGAAUCUUUAAGGUGUCCAUCCGUUGGCUGGCCAAGGUGUCGUGGCGCCUGCUGCAGGAAACGCUUGUCAGCGGACGGCUGCAGGUGCCACUCGACUCUGUGCAAGCUCUGGAUGUGGCCAUGCGCCACUUGGCCUCUAUGAGGUACACUCCAGUGGGCCGCUCAUUCUUCUCCCCGCCCGAGGGUUACUACCACCCUCUGGGCGGGGGCCGUGAGGUGUGGUUUGGUUUCCACCAGUCAGUGCGGCCUGCCAUGUGGAAGAUGAUGCUCAACAUUGAUGUGUCCGCCACUGCCUUCUACAAAGCCCAGCCAGUGAUUGAAUUCAUGUGUGAAGUUCUAGACAUCCGCAACAUAGAUGAGCAACCCAAAACGCUCACAGAUUCGCAACGUGUCCGGUUCACUAAGGAGAUCAAAGGCCUCAAGGUGGAGGUGACACACUGUGGUCAAAUGAAGAGGAAGUACAGAGUAUGCAAUGUCACCCGGCGUCCUGCCAGUCACCAGACGUUCCCCCUCCAGCUCGAAAGCGGGCAGACGGUAGAAUGCACCGUGGCCCAGUACUUCAAGCAGAAGUACAACUUGCAGCUAAAAUACCCCCACCUGCCUUGCCUGCAGGUGGGGCAGGAGCAGAAGCACACAUAUCUGCCUCUUGAGGUGUGUAACAUCGUAGCAGGCCAAAGAUGCAUUAAGAAGCUGACGGAUAAUCAGACGUCCACCAUGAUCAAAGCCACCGCUCGCUCAGCGCCGGAUAGACAGGAAGAGAUCAGCAGGCUGAUGAAAAACGCCAACUUCAACCUCGACCCGUACAUCCAGGAGUUUGGCAUUAAGGUGAAGGAUGAUAUGGCCGAGGUGACAGGGAGAGUGUUACCAGCACCGAUUCUGCAGUACGGAGGACGGAACCGAGCCAUAGCCACCCCAAAUCAGGGGGUGUGGGACAUGAGAGGGAAGCAGUUCUACAAUGGCAUCGAGAUCAAAGUGUGGGCCAUCGCGUGCUUUGCCCCGCAGAAGCAAUGCCGAGAGGAAGUGCUUAAGAAUUUCACAGAUCAGCUAAGAAAGAUCUCUAAGGACGCGGGCAUGCCCAUCCAAGGCCAGCCGUGCUUCUGCAAGUAUGCGCAGGGAGCGGACAGCGUGGAGCCUAUGUUCAGACACCUGAAGAACACCUACUCAGGGCUGCAGCUUAUCAUUGUCAUCCUGCCUGGCAAAACUCCCGUCUAUGCUGAGGUGAAACGUGUAGGAGACACUCUGCUGGGCAUGGCCACUCAGUGCGUCCAGGUUAAGAACGUGGUAAAGACGUCCCCUCAGACCCUUUCAAACCUAUGUCUCAAGAUCAACGUUAAGCUGGGCGGUAUCAACAACAUCCUGGUGCCUCAUCAAAGGUCGGCGGUGUUUCAGCAGCCAGUUAUCUUCCUGGGAGCUGAUGUGACGCACCCACCUGCUGGGGAUGGCAAGAAACCUUCUAUCACUGCUGUGGUGGGCAGCAUGGAUGCCCAUCCUAGCCGGUACUGUGCCACUGUGAGGGUCCAGCGGCCCCGCCAGGAGAUCAUCGAGGACCUCUCCUACAUGGUGCGAGAGCUCCUCAUCCAGUUUUAUAAAUCCACCCGUUUCAAGCCCACCAGGAUCAUCUUUUACAGGGAUGGUGUUCCCGAAGGACAGUUGCCGCAGAUUCUCCACUAUGAGCUUCUAGCCAUCAGAGAUGCCUGCAUCAAGUUGGAGAAGGACUACCAGCCUGGCAUCACAUACAUCGUAGUGCAGAAACGCCACCACACACGCCUCUUCUGCGCCGACAAGUCUGAGAGGAUCGGAAAAAGCGGAAACAUUCCUGCAGGCACCACAGUGGACACCAGCAUCACACACCCCUUUGAGUUUGACUUCUACCUGUGCAGCCAUGCAGGCAUACAGGGUACGAGUCGGCCGUCGCAUUAUUACGUCUUGUGGGAUGACAAUCGUUUCACAGCCGACGAGUUGCAGAUCCUAACCUACCAGUUGUGCCAUACUUACGUACGCUGCACCCGCUCCGUGUCCAUCCCGGCGCCGGCCUACUACGCCCGAUUGGUGGCCUUCCGUGCCCGCUACCAUCUGGUGGACAAAGAGCAUGACAGCGGGGAGGGCAGCCACGUGUCAGGCCAGAGUAACGGUCGAGACCCCCAGGCACUAGCCAAAGCGGUCCAGAUCCACCACGACACCUUGAGGACCAUGUACUUCGCCUGA